CUGAAAUCUAAGUGCUAAUGACCGUUGCCCUUCACCCUGCUGCUGUCCACUGGCCGGACCUGCGGCCGGGUGGGGCCCCGGACUGGGAGAGGGUACAAUGUUCUGCAUUUAACAUUUGAACUUCUCCUAUCCGAGGCAGCAGGCCGUUUUGUCCUGGGGUCGCUGACCCUGGCUCCCCCAUCAGCUGCCCUGAAACCUUAAUUGAAUGACAGAUGGUCAUUUUCGGGGGCGCCAGAAGCUGCGGGCGGCCAGCGGCGCGGGGGCUGCGGCCCCAGGCCCCGGCAGUCCUGCCCGGACUCUGCCAGCAAGGGGCGGGCGGCAGAGGUAGCAGGCGGCUUGCGGAGCUGGCCCAGCCUGCGAGCGCGACGGGGUCUGCGGGCGUCGGGCGAACGCAUGGCAACGAGCACCUGGAGGAAACCCCGGCGUAAGAGGCCGCGCGGGCGUUAGAUCACCAGGUCCUAGCGUCCCUGCCAAUUCCCAGACCGAGGGCCAGACGCAGACUAGGCCCGAGCUAGGCCACCCGGGAGCCUGGCCCGGCCUCCGGCCCUGGAAGGCGGCAGAAAGGAGACAAAACCUCUGUCUUUCUAGGCCGAAGGCCUGAGUUCCAGCAUCCUGGGUCCCCACGCGUCGGGGUCUGGGGCCAAGACCGCCCACAGUCGGCGCCCAAGCCCAAGACGCCCAUCCCGGACCUGGCCUUCCCGCCAGGGCCCGCGCGCAGGUCGGGAAAAGGCUAAAUCCCGCGUGCUGCCUACCCUACGCGCCCAGCGGCGCCUUCUCGCCAGCGCCAUGCCGGGCCGGAACCCACGUGGGCCUCCACAUCCCGGCGGGCCGCCAGCUGGGAGCUGUUUAUUUAUGGCUGCAAAUGUGUGUGUUCAAGAGAGAGAGGGAAUUGAUCUUUGCCUGGACUUAAAGAUGGAGCCGAAGAAGCUGGAGGGAAUUUGGGCUUGUGCGUCUGGCCCAGACCCUGUGCGCCGAGCCCGAGGUCUAUCCUCCCCGCACCUCUCACCUCGCGACCUUGCAGGAAUCCGCGGGCCCGGAUGCUGCCCAGCUGACCCUCCUGCCCCGGGCCCGGCUGCAGAGAAAGUCUUCGAGCAGGAGGCCAGCCUGUUCCUGUCUUUAAAAUGAGCACAAUAAAAGGGGGCAAAUCCUCGAACGCGAACCUGAUCUCAUGUCACAGAAGCAACUUGCCAUGAAAUCCGCUAAUGCGCUGCGACUCGCCCACCAGGGCAGCGUGCGGCGGCCGAACUGCACCUGCGUUUGUGAGCCUUGUAGAAAUGGAGCCCACCGGAUUCCCUCACCCGGAGAAAUGCCCAAACUGAAACUUGACUACACUUCCCUGGGCUGGUUCACGGUUUCAUAAUCUCCCAGGUUUGCUGGCUGUGUCACCAAAUCCAAGCCAACCCUGCUAUAAACAUGAUCACAGGCCACUGACCUUGCAGCACUGACCGAUAACUCGGUGGCAAAAUCAGCUCCUCUGGUCAGAGAUUAUUAAAGCAGCGGCUGAAUUCGUGUUUGUUUUUUUGAAGUGGUCAGAAAAACGUAGUCUUCUUAAACCUACAAAAACAGUCAAACACAUUUUCAAAUGUGCUUUACUUGUAUUGGUUCGAGUGCUGGAAGCUGUCUGGCGGUGAGCUUUUUCGUUGCGUGUGGUUUAUGCAGAGCACCCGGGAUGUUUUUCUCGUCUUUUACGUCUUGGUAUCUUUUUAAAAUGUAGAAUGUGUCUCUGAUUGUUUCACAGUAUGUUCCUUAACAACCAGAUAUGUAAGAAAACGUUUGGGAUUGAGUGGUGAGAAAAGCAGACUGGAAAGUACAAAUAAACCCAAUCCAAAUGGAAAACAAAUUAAACAGAUGAAAUGAUUAUGAAAGAAGAUGGGGGAAUUAACUUGUCUGGAAAAAAUCGAGUUUAGGGUCUGAACUUUACAGAUUCAAUGGCAACACAGAACAAAUCCAAAGGAAUUAAAUCUAUUCUUUUGCCCUCCUAGGCAUCUGGGUCAGAUGCACAUUUUGAGGCAUUUCAACAGACAGAUCAGCUCUGGGACACUUGCACACUUUUUUGGUAAACUGCAACCUAUUACGUGACCUUUAAUCCUGGUGGAAAACAAUUUAAAAUGUAUUCCUGGCUUUAGGAAACAAAAGAAAAAUUUUAAACCCUGGCAGUUAAAUUAUUACUGGUCUCUACAGGGUUAAUUUAAUGUAAAUAAUCUACUCUCCUGAGGGAAAAGGUGGAGGCCUGGCAUUCUGGAAGGGCCAGUCAGGUGGUGACAAAACUGUGUGCCUUGGGGUUUUGAGGGGUGUGUUGGGUGGCUCUGAACCUGGCUUUGGGUUUGUUACAUCUCUCGCUCUCUUAAAACAGUAACUCAAGAUGUAAGUAAAAGUGUUUUCAUUUUUUAUUGAUCCUGCUAACAUCUUUCAUUAUCCAGCAUGUAGCCACAGCAAAUUAUUGCUCAUUUGAUACUGAGAAUUCUAUUGACCAUCGCUUUCGUUGGAGAGAGAAUUCUAACUACUCGGCUGCUCUGUCAUCAGUCAGAGCUAAGGCUGAGGACUUUCCACCACUAAAACCAAAAUAAAUUGAGCCUUCUGCCUCCAGAAAUUGAUAGAGAUGUGUUCAUUACAUUGGGCCACAUGAGCAUGCAUAGAAAUCUGCUUUUUACUCUCCCAGCCUUGCCCCCACUCAGGCAAUAGGUCGGCCCCUUUGGAACAGAACUGUCUAUUUGAAGGGCUGGGCAUUCGUUUGCUUUUCCUGUAUCCCUUCUGGCAACUUCUUUCCAGCUGCGGCCAGGUUGGGGCAAUGAAAUGAUGCAAUGGGAGACUCCUCCUCAGUCCUGUGAUCAAAGCCACCUUGACUUGCUUAAGCUUAGAGAAAUCAUUAAAAUCUCAAAAACAAAAACAAACAAACAAACAAAAAACCUCCUAAAAUGUCCAGAUAGGUCACUUUAUGGUCUGGAUAUAAUUUCCUAAAUUAAACUGCUCCACCCCCAUCAAGACCCCACAUAAUCAAAGAGCGGCUAAGUUGGGAAGCGAAGGUUAAGCUCUGGGGUAUGCGCCUGUUCUCUCUGGAAAUGGGCGUCCAGCGGGAAUGAUAGGCCUGGGCGACUCGUGCACUCACACCAGCCCAAGCGGAAAGGAAGUCUGGACCUAGAGAAGGCCUGACCUUUGACCCUUGGCCCGGCAGCUCCGGGGUGCUAGAGUCUGCAGAGGGAGGCGGGUUGGGAGACGAGGCUAGACAGGGGCCCGCAGGGCAAUAGGAAAGGCUGGGUUUGUUCCCCACGAAGCUAGUGGAGGAAUCUACCUUGACGCAGAAAGGAGCUGGAGCUGCCCCACAGCAGGGGCCACCCGACGCCCGACCCUCUGGCUGCCUUCACCAUCCCAGAGGCGGGUAGGUCAGGCCUGUCUGUCGGGAUCCACGCUCCCUUGCCACCUCCCUUCCAGCAUCUGGGGAAAAGACGCCCUGACUCAAGGGUGUUCUGGCCCCGCACGACGGGGGGCGAAGAGAGACAAAAGUCGAGCCUAACAGCAGGCGGCUGCUGAGCUGGCGGGUCUUGGGCCACUGCUAGUCCAGCGUUGGCGUCCAGCGGGGCCUGUCACCUUUACAAGUAACAAGGGACCAUAUCCGCUUCUCCUUAAGCCCUGGACCCCAAGCGGAGGCCAGGACGACCUUGCAGGAGCCAUGCCCCCUGGGGAUUCUAUGGAGGAGAUUGUUUGGUUGGGUUUCAUUUGCAUCAAUACCAGGAGAUGAACCCUCUGGGUUUGGCUUCAGAACAAACGGAGGACCAAUUAACGCCUGUACAAAUUAGUCCCUGGCGUGUGCAACCCGCCAAACAACGCCAGUUCCAAAUCGGAAGGCACGUUUAGGGACUCUCAGGGACCCGGCUUGGUAGUUAUUUUUCCAAUGGUGCUGUUAAGUGUGAGUGAAGCUAUUUGCACUCUCGCGGGCCUCGCUCCAAGACCCCUGGCGCGAUGGGGAGCCACUUUGUCCCGGAGGAAGGCAGCGGAUGAAUAGGAGCCCUGGCUGCGCACAUGGACCCUAACCCAAGAGCAGCAGCAGCAGCAGCAGCAGCAGCGGAAAGACGCGGGUAGUCUGAUUCGGCUUGGGGAACGGAAGGGGAGUGUAAGAUGAGAUACACACCGGAUUUUUUUAGUUUUUCCUUUUUUGUUUUUAACGUAGAUAAAUAACCCCCAUCGUCCGUGUAAUCAGCCCGUUCCCAAUGAAGUCGUUUUUCUAGAAUGCGCUCUCCGCCUGCCACACUUGAGGAAUCCAGCCCACAGAGGUUUCGGAAACCCAGUUUGAGUGAUUCCAGCCUAGACUGAAACCCUGCGAGCCUCCCAGGAAAGAGAGCCCGGCCCGGGCCAAGCAGUCGGUCACACACACACACACACACACACACACACACACACACGGACUGCGUAGCUCUUCGCAGGAUCGAAGGCUGGAUGCGGAUCUGGGAGGUGGUGGCUAAGCGAACCAGGAAGACUGUGACGGAAACCAAUACAGCAGUGUCAUCUUGAAAGUUAUUUGGAAGAACAGGACCUGGAGUCUGGGUUUGAAUCAAAAAAUUGUGAGCAAGGGACAGAUCACCCUGUAUUUCUCUGGAACGAGGCAGAACUGAGACCUGCCCAGCUGAACCAGCGUGGCCACAUAUUGGGGAUUAGGAAAUUGUUCUCAGACACUGUAGCACACACAUCCUCUGACAGCGAGCUCACUCCUGCGCAGUGGGCUUCUGGCUCUGCCACUGCACUCCACAAACGCCCUACAGGCCUCCUCCAGGUUUUGCCAGGCAAAUGAAACGAGCACAACUCGAUAGUAAAUUAUUUUGUUCAGCCUUCUCUCUUUUUAUGAAAAUAAGAGGCAACACUUUGUCAUUUUUAAUCACAUAAGCAGACAAUAAAUCUAAUUUUGAUAUUGAUUUUUUUUUCCAG